UAUAAAGCAAACCGGUUUCUGCGACGUGUGAAAAGAGAUAAUCAGCGAAUUCAGCAAAGAAGGGGUAGCUCUCUAUCGCAUUGCUUUUGCUUACUUCUGCUUGCCGGAAUACCGCACGAUCAAUGAUCAUUUUCAUUUCUACUGCGAAUGUUGCAUCUAUGCAUCAGACAGGUGCGAAGCGAAUGUAAUACGACUUCCUUUCAUGUAUUGAUUAUGCUCUAACAGAGAUCUUCAUUUUUCAUUUUCCAUUUCAUCGUUUUCGAACCAUACUGUCGUAUACAAGAUGCCCACAGUGACGGAGAUGCUAUGCAUGUUUUGCCUGCGAUCAGUAACAACCACAAGUCCAGUCUGCGAAGAAAACAAUACGAAUACGAUCAAAGAAUCGAUAGUGAUCUCCUCGUGCCGUCAUUUAAUGCAUAUGAGCUGCUUCGUUGAUUUAAUUCCAUCAGAUCCGGUAUCUUGUCGACACCCAGAAUGUGGUAAAGUUCUAGACCGUGAUGAAGUACUUGUAAUCGAUGCUAUUCUUAAAGAUCGUCGUAUCAUAGUCGAGUCAACUGAUGAAAAGUGUAACUUCGUCGAAGAAUUAUCAGAACGUCUAAUUGUAAAUGUAGCGACGUGUAACCUCGUUGAAGAAUUAACAACCUUUCUGAAAGCAGCCAAGGACAAGAUAGCUGAACUCGAAGCCAAUAUUAAGAACUACUCCGAGCUCGGGGCUAAAGUUGAUAAACGCUCCAGUCAAGCCGAAACAGCCGAGCUAAAUGCGAAGAAUCUUUACGAAUUAGCCCUUGAGAAGUUAACCGAUCAUCUUGUUGCUUGUAAGUGUACAUCUCGACCUGACUUCGGUGUUCCUGUACUUUCGACGAGCAUUGAGCUCCUCAGCACUUUGAAGCAGUCGAAACCAAGAUCAGUAAUGGAUUCACAGACACCGGAAAUUGCUCCGGUUUCACGUUCGAACGAUGUGUUUGAUCGAAAUCAGGAAGAGAUCGUUCGAGUAGAGAAAAUAGACCAGUCUAAUGUGGCUACUUCGCCAAAUAAAGAACCAGAACGUCCUAUGAUCGAAUCAAUCGCAGAUUUUCCCAACGUGUUGGCAGAUUUUGUACCGACGAUAGAUCCAUCUAGCGAUAAUAAAUUCGUACCAUUUCCAGAGUCGAUAGAAGAACCGAAAGAAACCACCGAUACUUCGAUGAAAUCACCUUCAUCACUUCACCAUCAUGCUAAAGAUCUUCGCCAACAAUCAUCUGAUAAGAAAUGCAUAGUGACAGAAGAACCUAUUUCGGAAUGUAGGCAGUGUACGACGAGUAAUCACAACGCAAACCAUUCGCUUCGUAAUACCAGCGGUAGCAGUGAGAGUUUGGGUUCGAUUGCUGCGGAUGAAGCAGGCUCUUCAAGACGUUCCAGACGUUCCAGAUCAUCGAGCAGUGGAUAUCGUAGAAAAAUGAAAGCUCAAAAGACUGCCAUUACUGCGCAGAAAGAUCGCUCACCGGAAGCUAAACGAUGGAAAGGACCUAGUGAAUCGAGCACCCACGACUACGAAAGAUACUGGCAGCGUUUUCGUAUAACACCACCAAAGUUAAACCCUUUCUCUCCUCUGAAUUCUUUUCCAAUGGGUUACACCGUUGCUGGCAUUCAAGAUCCUACUGAAAAGGUGUGUAAAGUGGCCAUCCUCGCCUACGAUGUAUUGCUACUCGGCGACGGUCACGCAUUAAGCGUCGCAAAUUAUAUCCUCAAAAACAAACCGUUCAAAGAUCAGCUUUCUGAAUCGUUGUACAGACGUAACCUCAGUAUCAUCGAUCUGGUCAUGAAUCUGAAUUUUUACUUCACAGUGCUCCCUGAAAGGAUCAUCUUAUGUAUUGGGAAUUGGGAUGCGAGCCAAAAUAUGCCAUCUGAGCAAUUUCUGGCCCAUUUUAAGGAUCUGUUGCAGAUUUUCAAGAAAUGCCAGGUCAAAGUUUUGUACACUCUGCCUAUUAUUACGCACCCAGGGAUGGACGCGGACGCGAAUAGAGAUUUGAUCGCUCAGUGCUUGAGUACUGAUUGGAGCAAGACUCUUGGUGGCCAGUAUGUGUUGUUCUCAGAGAUGGUAUCCAAUGCUAUCGGUGAUCAGAUCCCAGUAGUCGAAGAUAAGGGUCCGAUGUAUGCGUUAGACCAAUAUGCGCCGUUAGUGGAAGCCAUUCGUGAUCGUUUUAUUCCUGUGGCUAUGGCGUUACCUGACGUAAAUGAAGCUGAAGCUGAGGCUCCGUGGAAUACUCUAAAUGGACAUCAGACCUGAUGGAUGAAAGCAGUACCUAUCUAUAUUCUAUAAGAGAAAAAUUGCACAGGUACGUACCUGUUUUCCAAGCUGAAGCCAGGGAUUUUCGGUCCGACAUUAUUAAUCUCGAGUACUCCAGAAUGGUUUUUAUUUUAUUGAAGCUUCACGACCUGCCAGGAUUUGUUUCGUUUAAGAAGGAGCUUACCUACAUUUUGUUAGUUUCGUUUUUUAUUUUAUUUUAUCAUUGGGAUUUAUAUGUGUUCAAAGUCUCACUGUUUUGUAUUUAUAUAUAUUUGUUAAACUCGACUUACCUAUAGGUAUUGUGUAUUAGUUUUUGACUGAAGUAGUCACCCUUAUCACUGACGAUCUGUAUACUUUCGUGAUUUCUAAUGAUAAGUGUUAAGUGCAUUGAAAUUGUGUUAUUUUAUGAGAUAGUUAUUGUUAUUAUGUUUAUAAUUUUUUUUUUAUUUGUUUUCGUUUUUUUUAUUCUCGUUGGAUGUUGAGUUCAUGUAUUUUGUUUUGUCUGAAAUUAUAUCCAGGCGACAUAGAGUCCAUUAUUACUUUCAUAUAUUGUUAUACAGAUUUCGACAAUCAUGACAUUACAAUUACAAUAUAUUUUUUUUACACGGUC